CUCUGGACCUGCGAAAACACAGAGCAGAAGCUAUAUCACAGACAUGCCAUUUUGCUGUAAAAUGUGGAACAAAAUAUUGUACGGUCGUGCAUGAUUAAAUCCAUCAUUCCGACCGUACUGAAGAACAAAAAGAAUCAGGUAGUUGAAGCAUAUUUUUCAUAACUCUGACGAUGGUAGAUGUGUGGGCUGGCAAUGGUACAUUUUUCUAUUAUUAAAUCCACUUUUUUGUCCCAGUGUUGCCCAUGUACUCAUGCUGUUCAUCCAGCUGUGCAGCUUGGCAUGGAGACCACAACGGUCAUGGAGACUUCCUAAGUGGGGCGAUUGAAAGGCAGGAAAUAAGGGCUGAUUACUGAACACUUUUGACUGUAAAUGAGCAGGAAAUCUCAGACCACCCAAGAUACAACAUGCAAAAUCAAAUCCUCAGAAAGAAUAUUAAAUUGUGUAGAAACUCUGCACCCCAUAGCAAUUUAUGUUGUUAUUUGUAUAAUGAACGCAGAGUUACAAGCAGCUGCAGCAACAGUGGAUGCCUUUACCUAAUUAUGAGUAAAAUUUCAUCAGUUAAACAAUAAUCAGUGGAGGGAGAAUUUAUUUAAUCAUUUACUUAAUGCCACACUGUAAAAUACUCCAUUACAAUUAAAGUCCAGAAUUAAAAAUAUCACUCAAGUAAAUAUACACAGAGUACAGUGUUAUUAACAAAAUGUAGGCUACUUUAAGUAGGUCUAACAAAAGUUAAAGUGCUCAAUGCAGGAAAUGGUCACUGUGAGUGUUAUCUGUUAUCAGGGGUGGACAUAAACAAAGUACAUUUACUUGAGUACUGUAUUUGAGUAUAUUUUUAAAGCACCUUAUGACUUUACUCCACUAAACUUAAAAGACAAAUAUUGCACUUCUGACUCCACUACAUUUCUAUGAAGUAUCUACUUUGAAGCAGAGCUAUUGGUUAAGGAAUUUUAUUUUAUUUUUGAAAAUGUGAUAGACCAUACCUUGUUCAUCACAGGAGAAAAACCAAUCACAGCAAACUCCUGCACUGUCAGUCAUGUUGUGCUUGCUGCAUUUUUGAACAGCUCAGUUUGAACUUGGCAGCACAGUGGACUAACGAUGGCUACAUUAGAAAGAGGCAGACGAUUCUUCACCAGAGCACACAUGGCCUUGUCUUACAUCCAUGUUUAGAAAUUUUCGAAAUAAAGAAAGAUUCCUAUCAUUUUGAAUGUGAACUGUGUUUAGCAUGACCAAACUUAAUCACUGUUAUGCUUUUCUGUCCUUUUGUUGAUUGAAUGUUGUUUUUAUGGAAAUUUCUAUAUGUUUUGUAGCAUAUUCUACAAGCUUUUUAUCCCACAGGAAGAAAGUCAAUCAAUUCAGUGGGUUGUUUCAGAGUCAUUAGGUUCUGUAAAUGCACUGUGGAACAAUAGAACAAUGUGUUGACAAAAAAAUUACUUUUGAAUAGGCAUACUUAAGUAUCUUUAAAGGUAAGUGAGCUACUCCUGUAGGCUACAUUAACUCAAGUCAACGUUUUACUGAACAACUUUCACUUGUAUUGUAAUAUUUGACCAGGUGUAUCCUUUGACUCAAGUAAUGGCGCUGUGUAGCCUACUUUGUCCACCUCCAUCUAUCACCUAUAAAUUAUAGCCUAUUAUGGAUUACUAUGAAUGUUACAUAAAUGUGAGCAGCAUUUCACUGUUGUAGUCGAUCAAGGUGAUGCUAAUAUGAACUAUUUUAUGUUGCGCAGUAAUACCACUUAAUAUCAACUUUAACAACAAUGCCAUUGUAGUGGAGUAUAAUGAGUGCAAAAUAGAAAUGUAAAUACUCAAGUAAUAUUUGUAGCUACAGGACUGGAGUAGAAACUGGCUGCCUAUAAUGUAAAUAUAACAUCAUAUAACAUCAUAUAACAUCAUUUAACAGCCAUCACUAUGCCAACUAUCAAAUGUAAAAUGGGUUCCGGUUCCUGCACAAAGUUUUCGUUUUUACUGAUGUUACCGGGGACUUCAAACUGUUCACCCUGUUAAAAGGUCCCAUAAGACGCCUUCGGGGACCCACAAACAGAACCACGGUCACAGUGCGCAGAAGCCGUGAGUCUUCACAAGAAGAACUAACAGAACUUCGCCACUUGUUCAAGCCACAGAAAGCGGUGUUUUACAGUAGUUUCCUCCAGCAUCAACCCACGUUAUGUUUUCACUCUCUGUAGCUGGUUUUGACGUGAACGUUUCGAGUACGUUCCUCCUAGUAACGUACCGUUAUAACCGCUAGACUACGGGGUAAAAACAACGGUCGGUUCGCGUGGUUACGUCGCUGUGUGUCCUGGAACGGGAGGCUACGUUCUGUCUCCAUGGCAGUGACAGUUGGCAAUCGGACUUUUUCGGAAAACGACAAAAAUAAAAGCUAAAGUGUGAGUGUAUCGCGGUGGAAAGCUGCUUCUCACCGCAGGACAAAUGGCCCAACCAGAGGAGGAUCUGGAGCAGAUUGCCACAUGGUUUAGUGAGGAGGGACUUGCUUCUGACUCCCCUAAGGAAGCUCAGCUGUGUUUGCUAUGGCGUGCUCUUCAGCGCACAAAAAGCAGUCUGACAAGGGACCAGGACAAGCAGCGCUCACAACACUUAGCAGAGAUGGCAGAGGUGCGGAAGUCCUUUGAGCAGAUCCGCAUCUUUACAGAGCAAAAAGAUGUUUUGGCUCAGGAGAUACAAGAUGAGAACGAUCAGCUCAAGGACCAGCUGCGGCAGCUGAUAUCCCUUCAAGACACCCAGAUAAGCGAGGUGGCUAAAAUGCUGUACCAGCAGGGUCUCACAGAGUUGAUUCACAGCAGCCCCAGUGAACAGGUGGCAUACCUCUUGGUGGAGAGGGCCUCCCUACUUGAGACGAGUGAGGAUCCUUUCAACCUGAUGGGUGCUGGGAACACAAUGAGCCCGCUGCAGACAGAGACACAAGUGAUGAACAGCAACGCACGACAGUAUCCCCACAAGGGGGCACCACGUCACGGUCAGAGUCCAUGGAGGAGACUCUUUGGACUCCACAAAGCGUCACAGAGCAAACAUACUUUUAUUCCUGCUGAGGCCAGGCAUUUGACUGGCCAGUCAAAUAGUGUGGAGAGGAAGUGUUCCCGUCUGGAGCGGGAUCUGGAGGAGGGCUCCCGCCGGCUGGCAAUGGCUCACAAUGAGAUCCGACGUUUGACUGAUGAGUUGGAGUCUGCACAUUUGACUCAAAAAACCUAUGAGCCUGAGCUGCAGGCGGCACAACAGGAGGUAGAAAACCUGAAGAAAUACGAAAUGGUCGAACUGCGAAAGACCAAAGAGCUGAACGAUCGUCUGGACCUUGAGAUCAGAGCCUUGAGGAGCAGGGUACGCUCCCUGGAUGCUGAGAAGAGCUCUCUGCAGCAGACGGUUGUAUCUCUGCGGGAGGAGAUGGAGCAGGUGCAGUCAGCCUUGCAGCAGCAGCAGCUCCUCACUGUGCAGGUUCAGGCCGACCGGACCACAGAGCUGGCUAAAGUUGUAUGUCUGCAGAAGGAGGUGGAGCGGUUGGAGUCAGCCCUACAGGAGCAACAUCAGCAGGCGGAGCAGCAGCUGCAGACUGUGCAGUUCCAAGCAGCAGAGAUGGCACAGAGCAACACGACCUGUAGAAAUUUAAAGGAGAAACAGGCUGCUCAGACAAGAUGUCUUUUAGAUAUGGAGCAAACUGUUGUAUCUCUGCAGAAGGAGGUGGAGCGGCUGGAGUCAGCCCUGCAGCAGCAGCAGCAGCAGCUCCAGACUGUGCAGGGUCAGGCUCAGCAGGCCAAUGAGCUGGCUAAAUCCCAGGAAAGUGAGUUGAAUCAGAGCAAUCAGGUGUGCAGAGCUUUACAAAAUACGCUCAGUGCUCAGACAAGAAAGAGCCUCUUGGAGGAGGAGUCAGAACAUCUGGAUAAUUCCCAUGGAGAUCUGGAUAACGCCAUAGCUACCAUCUGCAAGAAAGACCGCAAUCCUCAGGAUCAAAAGCCAUGGAAGCAAAAAGAGGUAGAUAUGCAACAUGGUGAAAACACUCACUGGCAACUGGAAGACUCCUAUACAGCAGAGGAUAAAGAGCCACAAUCACAGCUGUGCAAGGAAAACAAACUGCAUAUGGAGUGUCCUGAUCAUCAAAAUGCAGACAGGAAUCUGCUGUCCACCCAGGAUGAGUGUGAGACACUUAAGAAGGAGAUCUGUGAGACCCUUAAAUGCCUUGACAAAGAGCGCAGUAAAUACUACGACAUGAAGGAAAAACACAAGGCUAAACUGUUUUGGGCCAAACAAAAAUAUGAUGAUGAAACCAUGUGGCGAGAUGAGAAGAUAAAGAGUAUAGAGCGAGAACUGUCUCUGUGUUCCCAUUCAUUGGCAAAGGAGAAAGAGCUCGUUGCAAGUAUAACUGCAGAAAAUGAGAAACUACUUGUUGAGAGGACGAGGUUGUUACAACAGCUGAACGAGGAAGAGCACAACAAGAAAGACAGUAAUCUAACAGCUGCUUUGUCCAAAUGCAGGGUGGAUUUUCUAGAGAUGGAAAACAAGAAACUGGGAAACAAAAUACUUCACAUGUCCAAUCAGCUGGCUGUCCUGGAACGAACCCUACAGAACAUGCAGUCACUUCACUUUGCUGAGGAAUUGAAGAAAAUAUAUAAUCCUCAGCAGAUCCGUACAUCGCACUCUGUGCAAACUUCAAGUGUGAUGAUGCCUAAGCCUUCUGAAAUCCAGACCUUAUGGGACGAUACUCAGAGCGGUCACGCCAAGCAGCCACGUGUGACUUCUUCCCCAAACUGUUUGAUCUCUGCGGCCCUGUCUCGAUCAGCAGAGAUGGGUUACCUGAACCUGACCUCUGCUCAGAACCGCUCGGACCAAUCGGCUUCCCCGGCUGUCCUCAGCAGCUCAGAAAGUUCAGGUUCCUGAAACGUUCUAUCUGCAACAUGAAUAUACUGUUUACUGUAUAUUAUAUACUGUCUGUUUUAUUUGUGAGUCAAUUAAAUAAAUAAAUAACUGAAGAAUUUC